AUGGCGCCUCCUGAGAACCCCAUCCUUGGCUAUCGAUGGCGCUCGUCCCGGUCCUUGAUCAUAGGGACGGCGUGUUUGUCGUUGCUGACUGAGGUGUUGCUCUAUGGCUUCGUGGUUCCGAUCUUGCCUUACAUGCUUGAGAAUCGUUUGGGGCAAGACCCUGCCCAGACGCAGCAAUUGACAGCUUGGUUACUUGGAAUUCAUGGCUUCGCGACAGUGCUAUUUGCUCCUAUCCUUGCCCACUUCAUCGACAAGACAUCUAACCGAAGAACUCCACUUCUUAUUUCUCUCGCGGUCGCCUUUGGUGGAACUAUUCUUGUUGCUGCUACACCGACUUACUGGGUUCUUACCUUAGGCCGAGUUAUUCAAGGCAUUGCGGGAGCGGCAGCAUGGAUUGUGUGUCUAGCGAUAUUGACCGAGAAUGCCGGAGAGGGAAAUGUAGGGAAGAUGAUGGGAGUAAGCAUGUCCGUCGUCAUGACUGGUACCGUUGGAGGGCCAGUGCUUUCAGGGACUUUACUAGAGCUAGCUGGCUACUGGCCUGCUUGGUACCUGCCAAUAGGAGUUCUCGCCUUCAAUAUUUUGAUAUGGUUGGUUUUGAUCGAGUCGCCAGCACAUUCCGCCAAUUCGCCUAGCCAAAUCAGAACGACUGAAGAUGCUGACACCAAUGACUCCGAGGUCUCUCCACUUCUUUCGCCAAUUGUGCAAAUUCACUCAAAGGAUAAUGAUACCCAGCAGACACGCCCACCAUCCAACUUUUAUUAUACAAUGGCCUCCGAUCCCCGUGUCUUAGUUAGCUUCGCAAACGUCUUCACCAGCUCUGUGACCAUCGCUGCGCUGAACACUACGUUGCCGGUUCACCUUCGCGAGAUCUUUGGAUGGGGUCCUUUAGAUGUGGGAACAAUGUUCCUAUUACUUCGUAUCCCCGCCAUCAUCCUCGGCCCUUUUUCGGGUUGGCUCCGAGAUAUUGUCGGUCUACGCUACCCUACUACGAUCGGCUGGGUUCUCCUAGGCCCUUUGUUUGUGGUUAUGGGUGUUCCUGGAGAUGGUCUGUCUUGGGCUAGUGGUGAAAGCCAUGGUAAACCAAUUUUCGUUUUCUCAAUGAUCGGGAUUGGAAUGAUGCUGCCCUUAAUUCAGGGUUCAGGGAUGUUGCAUGCACUGAUGGUCCUGGAUGAAAUUGAGGCAAAGCAGCCCAAUAUAUUCGGUGCUCAUGGUGGACGUUCGAGAGUUUUUGCAAUGAGUGAGAUCUCAUUCAACCUUGGGCUGAUGCUAGGCCCGCUGUUGGCAGGAGUCAUAACAGAGAAUAUUGGCUUCGGUGCUAUGAGUAUGGUUUUAGGUACGCUUUGCCUGGUUGUUGCCUUGUUGACUUAUUACUUCUUCAUGUCCGGGCAUCAACACACAGAGGAUGAUAUUGCGCCUUGA